ACGGGAAGGAAUGCACGUGUCUUUGUCAGAGAGUGAAAAAGCAAAUGAAAAGAGUAGAGGAGGAGGAGAAGGAGGAGAAGGAGGAGGAGGAAAGAAGCGAGGAGGGUGGGAUCUCAGCUGAGGCUGCAGCGUGGCUCUGUGUCUGAAUGAAAGAACCUCUCUCUCUCUCACACGUUCUCCUCCUGUCUCUCUGUGUAUACGACUCUUGCACGUUGCAGCAAAUGAGGCACGCUGGAAGCAAAUACUGAGAGACCGUACGACUUCACGCAGGAAGCAACUGUUUUGCUGAGGACUCGGCUGAAGGAAUUUGUGUUGUGAUCUGCAGGUGUUUGCACAGAUACUGCAUGACGAGAACUGAACCCCUUCUCAUCGCAGGAUUUCUGGAUAUUGGUUCUACCACCUUCCUGGACUUCAGAUCAAAAGAACUCACCAGAUCUUGAUCACUCUGACUUUAUUUCAUCUUUCUUGCACACAUCUUUUUGCUCAGCCCGCCACGUGUGAUGUGUGUGUUGUUAAUUUAACCAGGGCAACCCUGAGAGGUUUGUAGGUCUCUGGCCAGCUUGCAGGCAGGUGUGAUGCUGGGUCAGUGUGUUUGAUACACACACAUAUAGUUGCCUCAAAGCGAGGAGAACAGAACAUCAAAUGAAAACAUGACAUAUUCCCAGAUGUUAUAGAAACUCUAACUUUGAGUCUCAUACCUGUGCUUCAACUGUCCCGGUGGAGAUGUAAUACAGCAUCACAUUUCUGUUUUCUCAGACAUUACACUCAAAUACCAACAACUUUUACUUACAAAGGCAAACUCACUUGUUCUAAAAGACGGCCUAUUUUCACCAUGAGCCUACAGACUGGUAUUUUGCUCCGCCAGUGCAUCUUGCACAGCUUCUCCCCUCACCUACUCCUCCCUGUCCUGCUGCUGCUCCUCCAGGCCUGGUGGGGGAGCUGUCACCCCCAGUGUUUGGAUUACAAGCCUCCAUUUCAGCCCAGACAGCCACUGGCCUUCUGCAAAGAGUACUCCAAGUUUGGAUGCUGUGAUGUGGAAAAAGAUGAGGAGCUAUCCAUCAGGUUUUACAGCAUCAUGGAGAACUUUGACCAUUCAGGUUACGUAACCUGUGGCAGAUACAUACGCAGCAUCCUCUGCCAGGAGUGUUCUCCCUAUGCCGCCCACUUAUAUGAUGCCGAGGAUGCCAACACACCCAUGAGGAUGCUACCUGGGCUGUGUGGGGAUUACUGCUUCGACUACUGGCGCCUUUGUCGCUACACGCUCAGCCUCCUCCUGGAGGACCUGGGGAGUCCUGGGCAGUUUGCAAACCUGACUGUCGCAAUUGAGGAAGAUCGCAGAAAGUUCUGUGAUUUCCUGGAGCUGAAGGACAGACAGUAUUGCUAUCCUAAUGUCUUGACAAAUGCAGAGCUAAAUGCGAACCUUGGCUCGGUACGCGAGGAUCCCAAAGGCUGUUUGGAGCUGUGCCUGCAGGAAGUUGCCAACGGCCUACGUAACCCCGUGGCCAUGAUCCAUGCAGAUGAUGGAACUCAUCGCUUCUUUGUUGCGGAGCAGCUUGGUUACGUGUGGGUGUAUUUGGCCAACGGCUCCAGGAUCGAUCGUCCUUUCCUCAACCUCACGCAGGCCGUCCUCACGUCGCCUUGGUCUGGAGACGAGAGGGGAUUCCUUUGCAUAGCGCUGCAUCCAAGAUUCACCACUGUCAAAAAAGCCUACGUGUACUACUCAGUGUCUGUCAAGAAGGAGGAGAGGAUACGAAUAAGCGAGUUCACGCUAUCAACACACGAUGAAAACCAACUAGACCAUUCCUCUGAGAGAACCAUCCUGGAGGUAGUGGAGCCGGCAUCUAACCACAAUGGAGGACAGCUUCUCUUUGGUCAUGACGGAUAUCUGUACAUCUUCAUUGGUGAUGGUGGGCGAGCCGGGGACCCAUUUGGAAAGUUUGGCAACUCACAGAACAAGUCAACACUUCUUGGCAAGGCGUUGCGAAUUGAUGUCGACAACAAUGAUGAUGGUGCCCCGUACAGCAUUCCCUCCGACAACCCCUUCCUGGGGGAGAAGGGGGCAAAACCUGAGAUUUAUGCAUAUGGUGUUCGCAACAUGUGGCGUUGUUCGAUUGACCGGGGUGACCCCAUUACGGGCAGCGGCAGAGGCAGGAUGUUUUGUGGUGACGUGGGCCAGAACAAAUAUGAAGAGGUGGACCUCAUUGUCAAAGGUGGCAACUACGGAUGGAGAGCCAAGGAAGGCUUCAGCUGCUACGAUCGCAAACUAUGUCAAAACUCAUCUCUUGAUGAUAUCUUGCCCAUCUUCGCCUACCCACACAAGCUGGGAAAGUCAGUGACAGGAGGAUACAUCUACAGAGGAUGUCAGAUGCCCAACCUCAACGGCCUUUACAUCUUUGGGGAUUUCAUGAGUGGGCGUUUGAUGUCUCUUAAGGAGAAUGCCACCACAGGUGAAUGGCAGUACAAUGAGAUAUGUAUGGGGGGAGAGCAGACCUGCAAAUUCCCCAAACUCAUCGACAGUUACUACAAAUACAUCAUCUCUUUUGCCGAGGAUGAAGCAGGUGAAUUGUAUUUCUUAGCCACAGGAGUCCCGAGUGCCACAGCGAGAGCAGGAAUCAUCUAUAAAAUUGUGGACACUUCCAGGCGAGCACCACCAGGGAAAUGCACCAUCAAGCCUUCACCUGUCAAGAUAAAGGGAAAACUGGUUCAUUUCCACCCCAAAGAAGAGUUCGUAAUCAACAGGAAACCAACCACCACACCUGUUCCCACGACAACCACCCCAAGAACUACAACCACAAGGAAACCACCAUCAAGAAAGUCACCUAUAAUAAUAAUAAAACCACCGAUGCCGACAAGAAAAACUCAGAGAAGGUUGCCACCGCCGCCGCCGUCAACAGCAGCGACGAGGAAAACGACAAUCAAGACGACAUUACCGGCGACAACACCAACUAGCAAAGCAACAAUUAAAACAACAAUAAAGCCGACAACCGUGCCUACAACUGCCCAGAUGGCCAUAACUACAACUCCUGCCACUACACCCACUGGUUAUCGUGCAGCCGUCAUGACGGCAGCCCCUAAGAUGGCUCAGUCCCCAGCCAUCACAACACCUUCAACAAGGAGACACUGGAGACCCCCAUCUAGAACCACCUCCAAGCCUCCAACCUCACCACAGCCUCCUGCUUCUGCUUCCCCACCAUCGCCGAAAAGACCCCACGUGGGUUUGAGUUCUACACCCAAUCCCAGAGCAGCGACCACAAUAUGGGCGCCGUAUCCGAGCCAGAAGCCUGCUGUGUCACCGCUGAGACCAUCAAUCAACCCCACACUGACUAAAACACAGGAAGAGAAGCUGCGCCUUGGAGAGAAGCUGGAAAACACUGACGCGGGCAACCAAGUACAUAAGAGGCCCAGAGGAAGAGGUAGAGGUCACGGUCACAGGAGAGGAAGGCUCCGGGCGGGCUCGGUGCGCCUCGUGAGCGCUGAUGGUUUACCAAGUCGGGGACGACUGGAGAUCUUUAUCCGAGGGGAGUGGGGGACGGUGUGCGACGACCUCUUCACCAUCAAGGCAGGGGCCGUCGUGUGUCGACAGCUCGGCUACGCAACAGCGCAGGCGGUGUUGAAGAGGGCCGCCUUCGGGGAGGCGCACGGCAGCGUGAGGAUCCUGUUGGACGACGUGCAGUGUGAGGGUGGGGAGCGGUCGCUGCUGGAGUGCAAGAGGUCCAAGGUCGGGAGACACAACUGCACACAUGGGGAGGAUGUAGGGGUUAUCUGCGGCUAGCCAAGACGGGUUCGAAAUAAAAAUAUAGGAAGAAAAGACGCGACAGAGGAAUGCAUGGUACUAUAGCUUGUGUUCUGCACAUUUUUAAGGAUAAUCUUUGACAAGGUCAAAAUCUCCAUUAUUAGUAGUGUGUCAUUUUUGCAUGUUUUACAUAUUGACGUUGUAGUUUUCAUUUCACACCCACCGCUGAAUGCUCAGUUGCGCCUUCACGCAUUUUCCACUUUUAGGAAAGAGGAGUGAAGGAGGAGUAUCCCCCCCUCAUUAAACAUUUCUCUGGGCCUAUUUAAAGACAGUUUUGCUUCAACCUGUCGUUGUUUAAAAAUGAACCAUCCACAUAUUGGAAGACUGCAAUCAAAUGAAAUAAUAACUUAUUAACUAACUGAAGUUAGCUCAUACACAUUCAUGGGAUUUGAUUUGAUGAAUGCUCACUCAUUCUUAGCACGUAUGUGAGAAUGGCAUCAAAAUCUGAGAUAACAACUGGAAUACACUGAUCAGCCACAACAUUAAAACCAGUAAAUAAUAUUGGUCAUCUUGUGACAAUACAGCGUUCUGCUGGGAAACUUUUGGAUUGAGCAUUAAGCACGUGGAUGUUUCUUACACAUGUACCCCCCACCUAGAGCAGAUCAGGCGCCCCCAUCCCAUAGCAAUGACACUCAGAAUGCAGUCUGACACAAGGAAUCACAGAAAACACUACAAGGUGAAUCUACCUAUAGGAUCCAAAGGCCAGACACCACAGGACACACUCAGAAGGCCCAUGUCCACUCUCUGAUGAGUCACAACUGGUUUGGAGGCGCAAGGGAGACCUACACAAUAUUGGGAAGGUGGUCAUAAUGUUGUAGCUGAUUGUUGUAUAGUCCAAUCAUUUCAAAGUAAUUGCAGUUAUUGCCUACUCUCAUCAAAAUACAUCUGCACAGAGACAUGAGACAUACCACAUCUCAUCGUUAACCAGACUAAUUGAAGAAGUUUUGUUGUUGCAAAAGGAUCAACAUCUGAUGAAGGUUUUGUUGCCCCUUUUCACUUAAACAUUAUCAAACUAUUUUAUUAUACAUAUAAAGAAACUGGUUGAAGUGGACUUAGCAAAUUUUGGACAAACCUUAGCAAUGUUCUAGCUGACUUUAUACUGUAUGUCUCAACAAAAAGAGACGCUUUUAAAAUUAUGAGAAAACAUAUUUUUGUAUUGUACAAUUGCAACAGAUUUAUUUUCUACAACAGUUUUUUUUACUACUUUUGAUAUGGCUUGAAUGUAGUUUGAAGAGGGAAAUUAGUGUUUUAACACAGAAAUUCUGUACGAUGAAUGUAAUAAAAUGUUUUCACUUUGACGUGAAGAGAUUUGAAGGCACAGGGGGCCUGUUAUAUGAAUAAAGUUUAUUGCAAAAUGA